UCAAGCGCUUCAGAAAGCGUAUGAUGAACUUUGCCAGAAAGAGGGCGUCACGGCCUUGCCUUAUUUUUUAAUUAAGUAUCAUGACAAUUCUGUUGUGGUAUCUCUGCUGAAAAAGUGGGAUGCUUUCUUCCAAGACCAAGGGGGAAAGGUGACAGUUGGAGUUUAUGAUCCGUGUAAUUUAUCCCACUAUCCAGGAUGGCCACUGAGAAAUUUCCUGAUCCUGGCAGCCCACAAAUGGGGCAGCAUUCUCCAGUCAGUGGAAGUGCUCUGCUUCAGAGAUCGGACCAUGCAAGGGGUGAGGGACAUAACACACAGCAUUGUCUUUGAAAUAAAACUUCCAGAGAGAGCCCUUGGCCCAGAUUGUCCAAAAGCUGUUGGAUGGGAGAAAAACCAAAAGGGAGGCAUGGGUCCAAGGAUGGUGAAUCUCAGUGAAUGUAUGGAUCCAAAAAGGUUAGCAGAAUCAUCGGUGGAUCUUAAUUUGAAAUUGAUGUGCUGGCGUUUGGUGCCUACCCUUGAUUUGGAAAACAUUGUGUCUGCCAAGUGUCUGCUGCUAGGGGCUGGUACGCUGGGUUGUAGUGUUGCAAGGACCUUGAUGGGUUGGGGAGUCAGGAAGAUUACAUUUGUGGACAACGCAAAGAUCUCCUACUCCAACCCAGUACGACAGCCGCUGUACGAGUUUGAAGACUGUCUUAGCGGUGGGAAGCCUAAAGCACUUGCGGCAGCAGACAGGCUGCAGAAAAUCUUCCCUGGAGUGAGUGCGGAAGGCUAUAACAUGAGCAUCCCUAUGCCGGGCCACCCCGUGAAUUUUUCUGAAGUAACAAUGGCACAAGCUCGGAAGGAUGUGGCUAAACUCGAAGAACUGAUUGAGGCUCAUGACGUUGUUUUCCUACUAAUGGACACUAGAGAGAGUCGAUGGCUCCCUGCUGUCAUUGCAGCCAGCAAGAGGAAGCUGGUCAUCAAUGCUGCGCUGGGAUUUGACACAUUUGUUGUGAUGAGGCAUGGACUAAAGAAGCCAAAACAUCAAGAAGCUGGUGGUGUGUGUUUCAACAAUGCCUCUGGUUCCUCUGAUCUUCUGGGGUCGUCCCUCUUUUCAAAUAUCCCUGGCUAUAAGCUGGGUUGCUACUUCUGCAAUGAUGUUGUGGCACCAGGGGAUUCCACCAGGGAUCGGACACUGGAUCAGCAGUGCACGGUCAGUCGACCUGGGUUAGCCAUGAUAGCUGGGGCGCUUGCGGUGGAAUUAAUGGUUUCUGUUCUACAGCAUCCAGAAGGUGGUUAUGCUGUGGCUAGCAGUAGCGAUGAUAGAAUGAAUGAACCACCGACUUCUCUUGGGCUUGUUCCUCAUCAGAUCCGUGGAUUUUUGUCAAGAUUUGAUAAUGUUCUUCCAGUCAGCCUGGCAUUUGAUAAGUGCACAGCCUGCUCAACCAAAGUAAGGCUUGAAUCU